GGGGCCUUUUUAAUAAGUAGGGCUUAAAGCUCAUGCUUUUUUGACUCUACUGUUGAGCCGCCAUGUCGUGCAACCUCAAUUUUGAGGUUGGACAGCUUCAUUUGGACGAAGAAAUUAGGAUUUGAAUUUUGAUAUUUCUUGGGUUCAGAAUAUGGUGGAAGUAUUGACGUGUUCACCUGCAAUUACCAUUGCCCUAAAUGGAUAUAAUUACAAACAUCAAACCUAUGGUCCAAGAAGUAAUGGAUUUAAAACUCCCAGUGGGUGUUUUCCUUGUUGUCCAUAUCUUAGAUUAGAGAGGAAAUCAAACAGCAGGAAUUCCAAAGUCUAUGGCCUCAACAUUGUGUCCAUGUCUGAGGCGUGGUACACUUGGUUUGGAGUUACACAAACGAGGAUGCCAAUGGUGGAUACUGAUAAUCCUCAGAUUAUCUCUCACAAGGUUACAAGGGUUGAAUUUGAGUUAUCUGGUGAGGAAGAUGACCCAUUGGUUCAAAUAGGAGGAGCCGAGGAAAUAUCUAGUCUAAAUUCUCUUGAACAGAAAGACUCUAGUGUCCAAAUUGCUGUUGUUGAUCAAGCUUCAAGGGGUUCUAAAGGAAUGGUGACUAUGAAAAAAAGUAGGUUACAUUUUCUAGAGGAAAGGAAUGAGGAGCUAUUUUCAAAAAGGAUUUUGAGGCUUAGCAGGUCAAAUAAGGUUAGAAGUGCAUUGGAAUUGUAUAGGUCUAUGGAAUUUUCAGGUCUUCGGCCUAACUUACAUUCCUGCAAUUCUCUUCUCUCCUGCCUCUUGAGGAAUGGAAUGCUUGAAGAUGCUCUAAGUAUCUUUGAGAUUAUGAAGGCAAGUGGUGUAACUACAGGCCAUACUUAUAGCUUAAUACUAAAAGCAAUAGCAAAUGCUCGUGGUUGUGAUGCAGCGUUAGACCUGUUUGAAGAAUUGGAAGGGAAGAGUAUUCAUAAAGAUUUUGAUGUAGUCGUCUAUAACACUUUGAUAUCAGUUUCUGGCAAAAUGAACAACUGGGUUCAGGCUCAGAAAAUUUGGAGAAACUUGAAAGAAAAUGGUCAUAUGGGAACACCCGUCACUUAUCGCCUUUUAGUUUGUAUAUUUACCCGUUGUGGUCAGAAUGAGUUAGCUCUUGAUGCAUACCAUGAGAUGAUUCAACAUAAACUGAAACCCGGUGAUGAUGAAAUGCAAGCUGUUAUUGGAGCAUGCACGAAGGAGGGGAAGUGGCAUUUGGCACUAAGUAUCUUUCAAAACAUGUUGAACAGUGGGCUUAAGCCAAACUUAACUGCUUGUAAUGCAUUGAUUAACUCACUUGGGAAAGCUGGCGAGGUCAAGCUCGCGUUUGAAGUCUAUGGUCAUGUGAAAUCCUUAGGUCAUGCUCCUGAUGCAUACACAUGGAACGCGUUGCUUGGUGCCUUGUACAGGGCAAAUCAACAUGCUGAUGCUCUUCGGCUCUUUGAGAGCAUCCAAAAAGGGCAAAAAUCUGCAUUAAAUUUACAUUUGUACAACACCACUUUAAUGUCUUGCCAGAGGCUGGGGUUAUGGGAUAGAGCUCUGCAGCUGCUUUGGCAGAUGGAAACUUCUGGACUCUCCAUCUCAACUGCAUCAUAUAAUAUUGUGAUUGGAACUUGUGAAGCUGCAAGAAGACCCAAAGUUGCAUUGCAAGUUUAUGAGCACAUGGUUCAUCAAAAGCAUACUCCAGACACUUUUACUCUGUUGUCGCUGAUAAGAGGAUGUGUUUGGGGUUCUCUUUGGAAUGAAGUGGAGGAAAUCCUAAAUGUUGCACCCAAUGAAUCACUCUACAAUGCCGCUAUUCAGGGAAUGUGCUUAAGGGGCAAGAUUAAUUCAGCGAGGAAGCUGUACAUGAAAAUGCGUGAGAGCGGUCUCAAAGCUGAUGGCAAAACAUGGGCAUUGAUGCUGCAGAACUUAUCAAUAGAUUCAGUUAAACAAAGAAACAGAUGAUUUUUUUCAAGAUUAACAGUGAAGGAAGUUGGCGCAACAAAAAGAGAGAAAGCAGACAACUUGAACAGCAUAUUUAUGUGAAUCAGCGGACAGGACCAAUAGGCUGGCCCCCGGAUACAUAAGGUUAUCACUUACUGCUUGAAAGCAUGAUGAAUCCACAUAGAGGGAGAUUAUCUCGAAAAUGAGCACUCAAUACUGCCUUGAUGAAAAUUCCACCCUUAUGGAGUUGGAGGGUACAUGAAGUUAAUUCAGCUGGAAGUGUUUUAACUUUUGAACCAUGCUAUCUGCACUCUCUUUCUUUUUCAGUCCGAAAAUGUAAAUGUAGACAUCUUCUUUUCGUUUCAAAUUUCCAAACCUUUUCAGUUACCGCCUCCUUACGCUUGAAAGAAUUUUCUAUGAACAAUACGCUUGAAAAUGAUCAACCAGGUCAUGUUAGGUAGGGGAACAAAUAGCCUGUGAGCAUAUGAAGGACAUGAUUCAUCAGUUCAUCCAAAGGAUCACCGCCUGUAAUUUUUUUCCUCUAAUUUUCAAGG